AUACACUACAAAAUGACACUGUCUUUCCGUGUAAAUCCAGAAUAUGCGGCCAUGUCAGAAAUCGUUCCGGGAUUAUUUAUCUGUGGAGUUUCUGCGUUGAGCAAAGAUGAAAUGAAGAAACAUAAGAUCACACAUAUCAUAAAUGCAACAACAGAAGUUCCAAAUCUCAGAAGUCUUGGAGACAUUCAACGUACAAAACUUUGGCUUGAAGAUACUCCACAGACAUAUAUCUAUCCACAUCUUGAACUUCAAUCUGAUCAGAUUCAAGCACUCAUUGCUGAUGGGGGAAAAGUUCUCGUGCACUGUGUCGCCGGAGUGUCACGUUCUGCUUCCAUCUGUUUGGCUUUCUUGCUCAAAUAUCGUUGCCGAAAUCUUCGUGAAGCUUAUCAUUUGAUGAAAUCAAAGCGUUCAAUGGUUCGUCCAAAUCUUGGUUUCUGGCGCCAACUUAUUGCUUAUGAACAGAACGUCAAAGAAAAUGCUGGUUCUGUUCGAUUGGUGAGAGAUGAAGCUCAACCAGAACAAUUACUUCCCGAUGUUUAUCUUAAUAUUGCAAUUCCAGCUAGACCAGCUAGCCCGGAGCAAGAUCCAAAUAUGAUCCCAGAUGAGCCACGAGAACGCCGAAAUUCUGGAUUCAAAUCUAAAUUCCGUCCAGUGCUUGAACCUGUGAUGGAAAUGGCUGAAGCUGUUUGCUGAUUAUCAUUAUUUUCCAUAUUUCAUAUCAUAUUUUCUUGUUUUUUUUCUGUUUUCCUCCCUUUCCACCUCCCACCAUGCACACCAAUUAGGCGCAAUUACCACUUUUUUUCCCUGAAACGGGUCAGUGCUUUAGUUGUUCAAUUUCAAUUUCUUUUCAAAUGUUAUUCUAUUCCUCUCUCAAUUAUAUCAGAAAUACGGGUCGAAAUCUGUAGUUUCCGGUGCCAUGUAAAUAAAUUUUGAGAUUUAUUAAUUUU